UCAGUAAUCUCGUUUGCGAAUUCUUCAUAGAAUUCUUCCGCAAAACCAUAUUUUCGUCACCAUAUCAAAGCAAAAAUAUGUCUAGCCCAAAAAUGCACAAAGAAACAAUAGUAAGCACCCGUCCAGACCGCGAGAUACGUAAAAAGGUGAUAAAACCUGGCGACUACACCUUGGUUCCUUACGAAGAUUCCCGCUGCAAAAUCGUACUUACAGACGUUAAAUGUACUAAUGAGUUGGGAAAUUGCGAGAUUGAGCCAGUCAGCCGUGUAUUCAGCCGUUCAUUUGACGGUAACGUGUUGAUUGGGGACUCUGAUUCGUUUAUAGACAAGGAUUUUGAGCUGGUGCUGCAGCAGAUGUGUUGUGGGGAGGUCUGUGAGGCUACCAUGGUGUACAGGAACAAGGACGGGGCGCUGGUGAAGCAGAUCUCGUGCCAGGUGGAACUGAAGGAGGUGACGGAGGAGCAACUGAUCAGUGAUUGGAGCUGGGAGAGGCUGUAUGAAGCUGCGGUCCAUCACAAGGAGCGUGGAGUAGACUUGAUAAAGCAAGGUCGGACUGCUGAUGCCUUCCGAAGGUUCAACAAGGCACUCAAGAUGCUGAUAGCUACUGAACCUCUGGACCCCAAGGUGGUUAGUGAGCAGGUGGUCAAGGAUAUGGUGGAACUUAAGGUAAAACUAUACAACAACUUAGCACAUUGCCAGCUACAGUACGACGAGUAUGAGGCCACACUAGAACUUUGCAACAAGGCACUUAAAUUCGACCCGGUCAAUAUAAAGGCCCUUUACAGGAAGUGCUCGGCCCACUCCGGACUCCACAUGUAUGAGGAUGCUUGGACAGACAUACAGAGCGCUUUGAGAAUAGACCCUAAUGAUAAAGCAGCUCAGUUGAAAGCAAACUCCUUGAAACCUAAAAUAGAAAAAAUAAACAAAGACUAUACAACUGUCAUUAAGAAAAUGUUUGGUUAAAAUGUCACUGGCCAGUGUUUGAAGGCUGUGUAGUGAAGAGGUUGAUGCCAAAAAGGUUGAGUAUGCCAGCUGGUCUAUGGUUGCAGCUUUCGACGGUAAAGUAGAAGACAAUGUGUUAUUUCAAGCCAUAAUAUAAUAAUUUACUCUCAUUUGAAGAAUACCAUUCUAAUUAAUUACUUUAGAAUACUCAAAUGCAAAUGCGAAUUGAAAUGGCGUUAAUUGAUAAACAUAUCUGUAGGUUUUAUUCUUUAUUAAAAUAUUAUUUUCUUUAUGGUAGCUCAAAUAUUUGUUAAUUUACAUUAAUUAUGGAGUAUGAAUUGUUUUGAAAAGAACGGUUGCACAGGGAUGAUAGAUAAAAUUGUAUGUAGAUAUAUCUCACUGAAUGAAUUUAAGAAUGAUGUCCUUAAGUUGGAGAUAUGGUGGAAAAUGGCCGAAUGAUGACGCUUUGAUUCUGUUUAGCACUGCUAAGGCUGUGUAUCACUAUCCUUUACUUAAUUCAAGUUAAAUUACUUUACAAAAUAUAAGCUUUCAUGCACCUCACUUCACUUAUUAUAGGAUCCCUUUAGAUCCGAUAUUCCGCUUCCGCAUCAUGGUGUCUUUAAAGAAAUAGCAAUCUUAUGUAAGUUGAUAUAAAGUUGAAAAUAAGAAAUCAUCACUUAUUACUAAGUUCAAAUUUUAUUUAAAUUGCGACCUUAUCUCAAUGUGAUAAGAUUGAUAUUCCUAAAGUAGCCUACAUAUCAUUCAAAAGUAAAAUACAACCGUCCCGUUUUCUGUAGGUACCUAAAUAAAUUGACUAAGGUCGAGAUAAAUAAGAGCACCAAAUUAUUACCAAUUAGGAUACAAUAAUAAGGUUAGGUACAAAUAAUAUUAGGAUAUUACUGAUUCUGUGGAAAUACAGAGACUAUGCUGUAGAUUUUUCAUUUCACAAAAAAAAUCAGGCGAGCCAUUUUUGUAUUAUGUAGAUUAAUGUAUAUCUAUUUGUGUAUGCAGAUUUAUACACACAUGCAUGGCUUACCCGUUUUCGUGACAUGAAAAUCUAUGCAGUAAUCAUUGUAUUUUCAGCGUACAGCGUUUCACUUAUGGGUGAUUUUUAUAACAUUUCUAAUUAAUCAUAGGACAAGCGGAAAACGGAAUACUUUUGCGAGUCUGAAAUUAGCUUUUGUCUGCUCCACCUAGAGUUUUUAGGAACAACAUUUUCUACUGUUCAGUCAAUCGGCUAAUUUCAGACUUGCCUAAUUAUUUUCUAUGCAAUGUACCUAUUAGCACAUCUGUUAAGUAACUUUUUAUUUAUCUCGACCUGACAUGAGCAUAUUUGUGUUAAAAAACACUUAAAAUAAUAUUUUUUUUGUGUUAACACGGCAAAGUCGGUGCAAAACAGAAUCAGUAUAAUAUAUGUGUUAGAUUAUGUCAUAUAAGCAUUUUUCCAAUCGACUUCCUAAAUCAAUCUUCUGACUUCCGUAGAAUAAUGCAUUUAAUUACAAUUGAGAGCAAAAAAAUCGGGACAGUCGGAAAAUCUUUUCUGAAUAUAGACUAGGUACCUGUCUUAGUCAUGAAGUCUGAUACCAGUCUAACCAAGGGGUAUUGGGUUGCCCCGGUAACUGGGUUGAGGGGGUCAGAUAGGCAGUCGCUCCUUGUAAAGCACUGGAACUUAGCUACAUCCUGUUAGACUGGAAGCCGACCCCAACAUAGUUGGGAAAAAAGGCUCGGAGGAUGAUGACCUGUCUUGGCUAUUUAUUUUUAUAUACCAGUCUAAAAUAUGCAUUGAGAACCUAUUUGAAUCAAACAAAACCAUCAGUAAGACUGUUUGCUUUUAAAUGUAAUGCAUUUUUGCACAGUCAAUUAAUUCUGAUUUUCAUUACUGUCCCGAUUUCAUUGCUUCCAAGCGUAAUAUGAUAUUACUGUGAUGUCUGCGUGUCUAUUUUUGAGAUAACUUCUUAAUAUAUAAGAUUCUAUUAUCAUAAUAGACGUAUCUAUUGUAAAUAGCUCGGGAAAUAUACUAUUCUGGUAUAUGUAGAAA